AUGCACGGCCAAGAUAUCUUUCAGCCGGUUGCGACUGGUCCUGUCCCUGCUAAUAUCAAAUCUCGAAAUGACCACCCUGUGCAAAAUGAGCAUGCCAAUACCACAGACCCUGUUGCGACGAAUAAGUUCUACGCCGGCCUUUUCCUGGGCUCUCAGACCAAUGCAACCUUCACUCAGCCCUACUCUCUGGCAUGGUCCAAGGGAACCGGCUCUCUAAAGAGCUGGGGUAUAGGUGUCUCCCAUAUCCAGCCUCACAUGCUCGCAUAUGGACCUCCAAACAACAAGAUCCCCGGAAACCCAGUGCAGUACUACAUCAAUCCAGUCGGCCUCCAACAUCUGGUUUUCUCUGCAACCGAGCUUGACCAAUCUUCCAUCAUGAACGUCGAACAGCCAAAGGCUUUCUCAGCCCACGCUGUGAUCAAGCGCUCCCCAGGCUCAGCUCAGCAGAUCACUUUCCCCGUUGUGCAAGGCAUGGGCUAUAUAACAGCUGUGUACAAUGAUCUGCAGCCCCUGAUUGAAAGUGGUGUUUUCUUCCGCAAGGUCGUCAGCGCUGGCUCGCCUAGGCCCGGCAUCUUCAAGUACCAAGUCUUCCUUGAGGACGACACGACCUGGCUUGCCUAUGCCACCCCUACUAAUGGUGAGGAUCCGAUGUUCAAGCUAGUCUCAAAGACCCAUCUUCAGGGUCCCAAGGGCUUUUCUGGUACUAUUCAAGUCGCGAAGAACUCCGCGGGCAGGUCUGGCGAAAAGUUCUAUGACAACUCGUCUGGUGUCUACCCGGUGGCAGGAGAGAUCUCCGGCUCUGUGACAGAUAAUGUGGGCAGCUACACGCUUUCUUGGACCAAGGCCGGGAAGGAUAUCAAAGGUACUCCUCUGAUCAUGUUCGCCCUACCUCAUCACGUCCAAUCCUUCGACAAUGCCACCCAGGGCCGUAUCACAGAUAUUCACCUUCGCACCACAACAAAGGGCAACUCCACUGCUGUGAUUGGAGAAAGCUGGACUAUGAUCGAACAGAACCUCCCCAUCAAUAUUGGAUUUGCCCCGUGGUCAACCACCCAGGGCAGUGCUCACGAACUUUCUGCCGCAGCCCAGCACGCCAUUCUCCAGGCUGCUCCCAACGAGCUCAAGCAGAACAUCUCUGAUCAGACAAAUCUCAACAGUAUGUACUACAGCGGCAAGGCGUUGAGCAAGUUCGCAACGCUAGUGUACACGGUCAACCAGCUCGGCAACAACGUCGAUCUAGCAACAGAUGCCUUCCAACAACUCAAGAAAUCCUUCGAUCUAUUCGUGCAGAACAAGCAGCAAUACCCACUCGCCUACGACGCCGUCUGGAAGGGCGUUGUCUCGACCGCCGGCUACAACGGCGACCUGAACCAGGAUUUCGGAAACACCGCGUACAACGACCACCACUUCCACUAUGGCUACUUCAUCCAAGCAGCCGCCAUCAUCGGCUCUCUUGAUCCCAGCUGGCUUGCCGCGAACAAAGAGUGGGUCAACAUGCUUGUUCGUGAUGCUGGUAACUCUGUUGCAGAUGAUCCCCACUUCCCAUUCUCGCGCUCGUUCGAUUGGUAUAACGGCCACUCGUGGGCGAAAGGUUUGUUCGAGUCUUUCGAUGGCAAAGACCAAGAAUCCACCUCGGAAGAUACCAUGUUCGCGUAUGCGAUCAAGAUGUGGGGACAGACGACCGGCGAUGCUAGCAUGGAAGCUCGUGGCAAUAUCAUGCUGGGAAUCCUCGGUCGGUCGCUCAAUAACUAUUUCUUGAUGGAGGAUGACAAUGUCAACCAGCCAGCAAACUUUACUGGAAACAAAGUCACUGGAAUCUUAUUCGAAAACAAGGUCGAUCACACGACCUACUUCGGAGCAAACCUCGAAUUCGUCCAGGGUAUCCACAUGCUACCCCUUAUGCCACACACCCCCUUCACACGACGAAAGGAAUUCGUGCACCAGGAAUGGCAGGCGAUGUUCGCUGAAAAUGCCUCAACACCGGCCUCCAAGGUUGAUGGCGGAUGGAGGGGUGUGCUAUACGCCAACCUGGCCCUCAUCGACCCCAAAGCAUCGUGGGAUUUCUUUGCCCAGCCGAACUUCAACUACAGCUGGAUUGAUGGCGGUGCUACGCGCACUUGGUACCUGGCGUUUGCUGCUGGUCUCGGUGGUGCUCCUUAA